GCUCCUUUAUGGUGCCCCGGGCGGUGCCCAAGGAGCUCUUGGCUUCCUUCGCCUGGCGAGGGACUUGCUGACUGGCCCUUUCCCCCUGAUGGCCUUGGCAGAGGGCCCCUUCCUGUCUGCGCAGCUCUUCGAUCAAGUUGGGGUGCGGCUGGCCUCUGGUCCUGCCUUGGCUCUCUACCUCGAAGACACAGGCUACUUGAAGAACAAGGCGACUGAGAGGCUCCCGACCAUCCUGGUGACGCGAGCCCGACUCUUCAACCAUCCUGCAGGCUUCUUCUUCCGUGGCCUGUUGAUGGAGUUUGCCAUCACCAACCAGCCAAUGGCUGAUGCCAAGCGUGGACACUUCUGGUUUUCAGAGGUUCCGAGUCUGGAUGAGAAGGCAGAUGAAGUCCGUGACAUUGGUUUCGGUGGGGGCGGCGAUCCCUGGAAAAGCUGGGAGGAGAUGGCACGCUGUGCGGCCGCCUUCUUCGUUCCUUCGGACAUUCACCAAAGGACUUUCAUCGAGCUCUACCGCAUGAAUGUUCCGACUUUCAUGCCGGCUGUGGAGUGGCUGCUGCGGCUUCCGCUGGCCGCCCCCUUCG